AAGCCCUCUUUAAUGCUCUUAUUGUCCUCUCUGUGAGGCUGGUAGGAAGCACCAGUCGUCUGGAUGCCAUCUCCCUGAGCUUUCCCAGCCAAACAUCGGACUCAGUGUGGAGCCGUGGCGAGAUCGUGGAAAAUGGGAGGCUGACAAUUAGAAUGAAAACCCAGAUUUAGCGUCCACGGGGGGAAAUUGAGCUGCAGAAGUGCCACUAGAAGUUGCAACAAAACCCAAAAUGGGUUCGGCUUUUAAGAGGUUCUGCAUGCAGUUCUGCUGCUGCUGCUGCUGUGCUGAAGACGAGGGCGACGAGGAGGAAAAGCAACCUCUUGUAACUCCAGAUCCGCUGGAUUAUUUUACGCGAGAAGUCCAGAAGCGACGAGACGAGGAGACCAACCUGUGGAGCGAACCCGGAGACCCCAGCCACUCGGAGAGAGAUGAUGACCGGACGCUUUACACCCUGCUUCAGGCCAGGAAUAAGACCCGCAUUGGAUCAACGGGCUAUCGUCGUCUGAGCGUGGACAUCGAAGCCAUGAGAGAUACGCGCAGGGAAGUCAGAGACAAAUGGCAAACUAUCCUGGAAAACCUGGGUUUCAUGGCAGAGGCAGACUCACUGCUGACGGUAUCUGCUGGUGCCUCAGCUGACCGCAUGCGUAACGCGCCGGCAGCACGCGCCAUGCUGCACGCGCUGCACACGGAGACCUCCAUCUUCUGCACCAAGGAGCCGCCACCUGAAAGAUAUCUCUUCAUCCUGGAUCGCCUCCUGUACCUUGACAUAGCUGAGGACUUCUUGGCCAAGGCGAAGCGGUUCUACCCUCCGCAGGACGACUCUGACGAGGAGCCCACGGGCCUGGCCAUAAACCUGCCCCUGCUGCUGGCCAGGGUCGAGGCCAUGAACGGACGCGGCGAGGAUGACGACGAUGAAGAGGAUGACAGUGAAAAAGAUGAUUAAAAAAAAAAAAAAAAACUGAUCCAGUCAGGUCUGCUGGCUUGCAGUGGUGACAGGCAGCAGCCAGGGGGCAGUAGUCAUCAAUCUUGAAUGCCCUCAGGUGCCUGAUGCCUCAAAUUGAGUUUUUGCUGCUGCAGGCUAAAUGUCUUCCUCCUCCCUCCCCUUAAUUCAAGGCUUAAAUCAUUUCUGUUUUCUCUCUUCCAUAUUAAGCCGGGGACUCUUACAGAUUUUCAGUGAAAAGUUAACUUAAGUUUACUGUGAGAGUGUUUUGUUUUGUUUUUUCUUCCUACCGAGGACUUUAAAGCUUGUCUAUUGUUAAUUUGCUCUGAACCUUUAGGGUAGCGAUGAUUUUUCCAGAAGAGCCCCCUUUAUCUUUUGUCCUGUGAUUAUCAGCACUUCCAGUCAAUCACAUGAUGUGUGCAAACGCUAAAUAAAUAGCCGAGUCCAUGUCAGAUUUAGUCGUUUUUUUAAUUAUCAUUAUUAUUAUUAUUUCACAUUGAUUUCUUUUUAUUUGAUCAACAUGUUUGAAGUUGUGCGUUUGGGUUCAGAUUCUAUUUGGAAAUAGAAAAGUCAGUACUGUAUGUCGAACUUCUUGAUUGGCUCUGUGUGCGACUGAGAUGUCAGGGGAUGUAUGUGGGGGUGUUUUUUUUUUUGUUUAGUUUUUUUCUUUCCUUCCAGCAAGCUAUGGGAAAUGUGAAAAAACAACAAAAAUCCGAAUAGAUGGGCAAGUUUGUGUGUCUCUUCACGAUGAAAUAAAAGUCUCUCCCUG